UCCUCGCGCCCUUUAGUAUUCUUCUGCGAUCACUAGUCUUUUCGAAAGCAUGUUAGAUCGCUGCUACACACGUCCCGACCGGUCACACUGAGUCAAACUGAUAAGUCACAAUGAGUUUACUGAACAAUCUUCUCUCGUCUAUUGAUCCGGCUGCCGCUGGGCAGAUUUCUACCUCGACCACAAGGCAGACGCCCGCGGCACCAUCACCGAAGCCAAAUCCCCGACCAGCCGCUCGCCCAGCACAGAACGGCAGCAUCGGAGGAGCGCAGGCAGGAGCGCUCAAGCGGAAAGCUGAUGGCCAGCCAGAUGGAGGACAGAUAAAGGUACAGCGUAAAGAAGGGCCUGCGCAGCCUGUCCGACCAAAUCCAGCAACGCGACCCGUGUCAUAUUCCGAUGCAGCAAAAGCGAAACCAACCCCUCCUACAGGUGCCGUUCCCUAUCGGGGUACCGCUGGAAUCGGGGCGUCAAAUGCGCCAAAGCCGGCCAACGUAGUUCCAAAGAGGCCGGCACCCGUCAAUACCACCCAGACCGUUACCACGAAACCUUUAUCGCAAGCUCCUAAAACGCCCACUUCAUCCACAGCAUCCACUCCUACGGCCACUGCUGGGGGUGCUCAACGCCCCGUCGCGAAGAAAGGAUAUGCGGCGAUGUUAGCACAGGCAAAACAAAAAGAACAAACGAAACCGCCUACUGCUCCCGUACGUCAUGAACCGACCAAGAUCCUGACUAAGAAGGAACGCGAAGCACUCCGUGCUGCAGCUAAAGGGAAGCAACCCGGACCCGCAAACCAGAAGGCAGGGCCGAAAGGUGCCGAUGCGAAGCAAACAGAUGUGAAGAACAAACCUCAGGAAAAAGGAAAAUCUGUCGGAUAUCAAGGAACUGCUCGCCCUAUGAAGAAGCCGAUUGAGGUUGGUUACAAAGGAACGGCCAAACCUGCUAGCGCCACACCAGGACCCAGUGGGAAAGCAGGGGCCAUGCCAACGACCAAGGCCAAACAGACUCAACAAUCGAAACGGUACGACGGAUAUGCUAAUUGGUCUGACCUUGACGACAUGGAAGAUGAUGAAGAAGACUACGACUCAGGAGAGGAUCUGUCAGACAUGGAAGGUGGCAUAUGGGAUGUGGAGGACGAAGAGCAGCUUGCUCUCAAGGCUGCCAGGAAGGAAGAUGCUGAAGCACUCGCCGAGGAAAACGAGCACAGGCGUCAGAAAGAGGAACGCAAACGGAAAUUAGCUGCAAUGGCGAAGGCGGCUGCUGGGAGAAGGAAAUUUUAA